AUGGCUGCCGCGUGUCGUUUUAAGAAAUGGAACGUCACCGAAAUCUCCGUAGCACCAGGUGGUCACACGUUCGUGGAGAUUUGCUCCAACCACCUUAAGCUAAGGGAUUUCCUCCCCAUGACACGUUUACAGCACGCGACGUCUGGAACUACCCGCCUCGGCGGCUUCGCCACGAUAACCGCAGGCUGCUCCGUGGUCGACCCCUGGGCCGCCGUCAUCUGCGGGUUCGUGUCGGCGUCGGUGCUCAUCGGGCUCAACGCGUUGGCCGCGAGGCUCCGGUUUGAUGACCCGCUAGAGCCUGGAGGCCGCGCAGCUACACGGCGGUGCGGUGUGUGGGGAGUCCUCUUCACGGGGCUGUUCGCCAGCGGGGAUGAAGGCUGGCUGCAGCGACGCUCCGUGCAGACCCCAAUCAUAUGUUGA